UCUGAAACAAAUACAAUUGUUAAAUGGUUUCUAAUUAGAGAAUAAGGCCUGAGAAUGAUGAUACAGAGAAUGGCAUUGGCUUUGCUUUUUCACUUUUGGUUUCAGACUAACCAGGGUGUGUUUGUUUCCCCAGUGAGCUAAAUGCAAUGCCUGGACUGAUAUUGCUAUUCUGAAAAUGAAAGCUAUUUGUAGUAGUUUGGACUUUAUCAUUGGGGUGAGUGCGUGCAUGUUUGUGUGUGAGUGUGUAUACAUUUGUGCACUUGUGAGCAUCUCUUGAGGUAAAAGUGACAUCCAGCAGUUCUUCUGAUUUUCUUUUUUCUGUCCCCUUUCUGCCAAAAUGUGUUAGCCAGUUUCCUCUCUUGGCAGAUUUCAUGGGGACAGUGGGAUCUGAUAUUUCUUCCUUGCCUUAGGGAAUACGUUUACACACGUUAUUAAUUCAACAAUUUUUAUUUUCCGGUUAUUGGUACGAGAUAUGGCAUUGCAGGGUUUUCAGAAGUGUUUUUUAGGUGGUGGCGGCAGUACAUCAACACAUUUUGCAGAGUUCUGGGACCAUUUGGACCCCACGAUGUUUUUCCAAGAUUUUAGACCCUUUCUAAGUAGCAGUCUACUGGACCAAGAUAAUAGAGCCAGUGAGAGGGGUCACCAAACUCACACUGACUUCUGGGGACCAAGUCGGCCUCCGCGGCUGUCAAUGACUCAGAGAUACAGAUCUCGAGGAAGUACUCGUCCUGAUAGAUCCCCAGCUUUUGAAAGAGUACUGCAGCAGAUCAUUGCAGGAUUCAUUCCUGGAUCCCCAUUUUCUUGGAGCGGGAUGCUGCACUCCAACCCUGGGGACUAUGCCUGGGGUCAGACAGGGCUUGAUGCCAUUGUAACCCAGCUUUUAGGACAACUGGAAAACACAGGGCCUCCCCCAGCAGACAAGGAAAAGAUCACAUCUCUUCCAACAGUGACAAUAACUCAGGAACAAGUUGAUAAGGGUUUAGAGUGUCCAGUAUGCAAAGAGGAUUACACAGUUGAGGAGGAAGUCCGGCAGUUACCCUGCAACCACUUCUUUCACAGCAGUUGUAUUGUGCCUUGGUUAGAACUGCAUGACGCAUGUCCUGUGUGUAGGAAGAGCUUAAGUGGUGAGGACUCUACUCAGCAAACCCAGACCUCUGGGGCCUCUGCAAGCAACAGAUUUAGCAGUGAAAGCCAGCUACAUGACCGAUGGACUUUCUGAAGCUAAACACCGCGUCUGAGCCAGGGCCAUGGUAGAGCUCUUAUCACAGCUGUUAAUUGUAUCAAAACAAAAAAAUAGUAGGUGGAUUUAAGAAUCAUUUAAGAAACCCCAACCCAUAAUAUUAAUUCAAUGAGUGUUUUUCUUCUCUAAAUUUAAAGUUAGUAUCUACAGAUGGAAUUGUAUCCACAACCAAAUGCCUCUUACUCCUGAAUUUGGAGUGAUAAUUUUGUAAGUGUGAAACUUAAUUAUGUGGGUUUCUCCUGCCAGAAUAGAAUCAGUUCCAUAAAGUCUAGCUAGGGUCCUGCUAUCUCUCAUGUACGUUGUGAUGGAUGUUUCCACCUCUUUCUGCAGUCUCCACCCUACCAUUAGUGUAUUUUACAGUAAACACAGUGGGACCAGAGCCCUGGAGUCAUACUGAUAUAUAAAGUCCAUCUGUUUUAAUUGUAUAAAAGCAUCUACUCUUGGCCACAUUAGCCAUGAUGUGAGAUCAGGUUAAUUCAGGAAUCUAAGACUAAUGGUUUUGUUGUUUCUUAAAUCCUCAGAGAGAAAAUCAAAGAAAAAUUAUGCUGGGAAGGAGAAAGUGGCUUAUCAUUGUACUCUUCGAUUUUCUCAUUCUUAUUUUUAAAGACUACUCCAUAAGAUGCAACUUCUGCAGAACCAACAUGACAUGUCUUAGGAGUCUUAUGUUGGUAGGAAUCUGAUUCAGGUUCCUUUUUGGGAAUGAGUUGGACAGCAUACAUACACAGAAAGACAGAUGUUUGAAAUCUUUGGUUCUGAGGUUUUUUAAUGAUCCCUAACUUAUUGUAUAUCCUGGCCACCUUAAAAUAAUUUCCCUCACAGAAACAAUUACUUCAUUACUGCUUCUACAGCCAAUUAAUUGUUUUUAGUAAUUCAUUCAUUGGUCUUCAAGAAUUAAGAUUUUUUUGUUUCGUUUACAUUUUCUAAGCCCUUUAUCAUCUCUGAACCUUUCUGUUUGCUUGGUUCUGGCUAUACUUGGAGUCAAACUAAUUAUUGUGAUUGUCCCCAAACAACUUGGCCUAGGAGAGGUAGGCCUUCUUUUUUCCAGCCUAAAAAAUAUAUGCACAUGCUCUUUGGCACAUUUAAGUAUUUAAAGUUUAAUAAAUGAAGAAGAUUAAGAAAGUUAUUGAAACUUCAGAGUCUUGAAAAUAAAUGAUGGGGACAUGUAACCACUGUUGUUGUACCAAAAAGAGUGACAGAGGGACACCAUUUGUGUGGUCAUAUCAGCCCUUCAUAGUUUGGAAUGAUUAGAACAGGAAUGCUAUUCUUCGGUGAGGCUGUUUGCUAGGAGUCUUUGCUCAGUUUUAUUGACUGUCAAACACUAGUUUUAGGGGUGAAGGAUGGAGUUAGAGAUAAUCUUUGUACUUUGCUAGAAGACAGAGGAAUGGGGGAGGGAAGAGAGAAAGUGGGAGAGUUUAAUUUAAUUGCUGAAUUAAUAGCCUGCCUCUUAAAGUUGUGACCAUAAGGUAUGAUUCAGGUUGGGCCCAGAGGGAAUAAAGGAUGUUUUCUCAUGUG